AUGGAUGGGGAUCCGGCGUUGGCUGGACAGCUGUGGUGGCCUUUCAGCAGUGAUUUUGUUGCUGAGCAGCUGUCUGUCGUCAGGGCGAUAGUGCUGCUUGCAACAACACGCUGGCUGAUCCAUUCCGCAGGUAUGGGCAACGUGUUAUUUUCAACGAGCUCUCAGGGUGUUUCAUGUGCAUAUCUGGGGUGUCCCCGAGUAUAUUAUAUGCAGGCCCCAACGCAGGGGGCACUGCACCAAACUAUGUCAGUAUGUGAACAUCUUGUCAACGACUGCGGCAAGUGCAUGCUGCGGCUGUGCACUGGCCUGUGCUUCCAUCUGUGGCACUGUGCGGAGUAG